GCAGAUCUUCCUUCGUCACUUCCUGUAAAAGCUCCGUAUGGUCCCCCUGUUUCUCUGCAACAGAGAUGUUCAGUCUUAGUUUACGCGUAAAGACGCCACGUGGGAAAACGGUGCUUACAGUGAGCAAGAGAAGAGAAGAGUCAACAUUUGGGUUGCACUAUACCAGCUGAUGGGGGGAUGUCCAACUAAGAUCCAGAUAUGCAGUGUGGACCAGACAUGUUGGAGGAACUCCGAGCUCAGCUAAAUCCUGUCUUACGAGGAAAGGAAGAAGAAUAGAUCAUUGCCUUGGACAACAUGGACACCUGCUGUCUGGAAGACCAGAAAAAGAUGGAUUCCAACAAAGUAUGGCAGUGGCGCAUUAUGUGUGUAAAGGAACUUUCAGUAUGCCUAGAACCAUUCCAUCACAGCAAUAGAAUAGGGUUGGAUUUUAAUGUCGCAUCCAACACACAUAAAAGAAUGGACUUGCAAUUAGUGACAAAUGGGGUCAUACUUGAGGUCUGUGACUUUGCUAAAACAGUCAACAAGAGUAAAGGACAUUUUAUCACUAACAUUCUGGUGAACAAUUUUGAUCUUGGGUUGGAAAAUGAGCAACAGAUGACUGAUUUUACUGCUCAAAUUCUGCACAAAGUCAAAGACCUGAUUAAGAAACCACCUGAAGAUAAAAAAGAAGUGUUUACCCUCUUUGACCCGUCAUCAAAGCCAGAAUGCAAAACCAACAAUGGACUGAACAUGUCAUCUGCAGAGCGUAAGACUGAAAGUUGUGUGGUGGAGAUGGAUGAUACUGGACAUGGAGAUGAAUACACAUGUUCACAAGCAGCAUCCCAAGAAUACAUGAAGACGGAGAGUCUCUUGGAAGACAUGGAAGGAGGACGCGGUGACGACAGUGAUGAUAAGGAUGGAUUUAAGGGUUCAGGAGCAAAGUCAACAGAAGCACUGAUUGAGGAUGCUUUUCUCCCUAAAUUUCCUUUUUGUGAAGAAAUAUGUCUGAACCUUGAUGUUGGGUCAAAACAAAGUCUAGAUCCAGGUUUGUUGACAAAGGGCGUGAUGUUAGAAUUGGUACACUUCACCAAAAUACUGACUGCAUCCUUCAGACUUAUUGUCCUGGCGGUGCUGGAGCACAAUUUUGAACUUGAUCUCAAAAAUCCAAUUUGGUUCAGGAUAUUAAACCUACUAAAAAGAAGAAAUGGACUAAUCACCACUGGUAGUGAGAUAAGCGUGGAGUUUAAAAAUGAGCCAUUUUCCUUCCAUGGAACCAGAGGCUCAGCGCUGUCCAAUAUGGAAGACCGGCAGAAUCCAUUUCAGGAAGUGACAAAAAGAAGACUGUCUGGUUUAAAAAGUGCUGUGUUAGCAAUGAGUGAACAGGCAAACAAAGAGCACAAAAGAGGAAAGUCUAAAGACAUGGAGACAAACACAUUCUCUCAUCACACUGAAUUGUGUACCACUCGAACGGCAGAGGGAGAUGAUUGUCAAACUGGUUCUCUAUCAGAGUUUGAUCUAGACCCCUUCACCGGCAAUGAAUGUGACGAAGAACAGGAGGGUGUAGAAAUGGAGAACUACCACACUUAUCCUCAAGGGGAGUCUGAUCUAGACUCUGGUAAUCAAAAUCACUUCCAAAACCCCAAAAGUUGUUCUCUGAGCUCAGACAUCUCUAGAGAAUCAGAAGCAAGUUGUCAGAAUGUUUGUGCGCCUUUCAUCAACACCACCAACAUCUCAUCUAGUUUACCAAUUGUAAACGCAAAUGCCAAGUCAAUGACAUGUCAACCCGAGGAAAGAGGGCUUAGUGGAUGUGAAGAGAAAACACAGACUCCCAACAAAAUAAAUAACAAAUGUGACUUAGAAGAAGAGGAAUUGGGAACAGAGAACAUGUGGAAGUUGCGUGCUAACCGUGUAAAACAAAUCCUCUCUGCUAAAGAGUUGAGUCCAUUUAGUUUUUCCAAGAAGUUUGGCCUUGAAUUCAACAUUGGAUUUGGUCCAAAGCAAAACUUCAGUCUUGACUCUCUGCGUGAUACUAUUCUGCUUGAAAUUGCUAGAUUUGCCAUAGCAAUGAAUUCAUCGCUACAGAAUUUCAUCAUGGAGAUUCUUGAGUACAACUUUGACUUCAGCCUGGAGACUGAAUACCAGAGAAAUAGUUUCACAUAUGAAAUGAUGAAAAGAGUAAGAAAACUGAAAGAUUGUGAAGAUGCAGUCAAAUUCUCAAAAGAGGUCUUUGAACUUCAUGGUCCCAUACCAUCAAUAAGUUUGGCAUAUCAGAGUGUGGACAGUGUCAAUGCUGAACCCAGCAGCAUAUCGAGGAUGGAGAAGUGUGAUGUUGCCUGUUGGUUUCCUCCUCAUUCACAGGCUGAAACUGAAGAACUUAUUUCACAGAAGUGUGUGGAUCUUCAUCCCUUCUGCAAAGAAAUUAAUCUGAAACUACAUGUAAACAAUACUCGACCAAAUAAGAAACUGGACAUCAACAAACUGACCUAUGGAGCAAUGACUGAAGUGACCCACUUUGCAGAAAAGUUGUGUGGAACAUUUGAGCAGAUUUGUGUUGACAUCCUAAAUCACAAUCUGGAUCUUGUUUUGCAAUGUGGAGAUUCUGACCUUGCCAGAAGUAUUGUGGCAUGUAUUCCUUUUGUAAUUGAGAGAAAGAAACUAUCAACACACUAUGUAAUAUGUGGAAGGAGUAUACCGGCAAUGACAAAUACUGCUGCGUUAAAGGUAAAGCUGGAUUCCCAGAACAAACCAAAUGCAGAUGCAGCCAGUGCUGGUUCCUCCCAGGCUGCAAUCAUAGACCAAGAUGUAAACAGUUCUCCUGACAUAGAACACCAAAACAAGCUCAAUGUAAAGCUGUGGCAAUUGAGGGAGAAUCAAAUUCAGCAAAUUCUCUCAAUGCCUCAUGAAGAACAUUGUCCACUUUAUUGUUACUCGAGAUGCAAGAAAUUAGGCAUUGAUUUCAAUAUAGGAUCUGGAGUAAAACAGAAUCUUGAUCCCAAAUUACUAACCAAUGGCAUCAUGGUUGAACUUCACACUUUUGCCACAGACAUGAUGUCAGCCCAAAAGUAUUUCAUUACAGAGAUACUCGAGUAUAAUUUUCAUCUUGAUUUCCACAAUGAGCUGUAUCGCAGUGCCUUUGCACAGAAAACUAUUGAACAAGUACGUUUGAAUGCAAAGAAAAAAACAUCGCUAAUAAAAAUACAGUUUGAACUCCCUGACACGAGGUGCAAACCAGAACCUACCUUUGAGAGACAUUUAUAUUGCCCCAAAUGCUAUCAAGUCAGAAAUCAUAAGCAUCGUCAGGAUGAAUCUGGCUCUGGUCAAAUGCAUCAUCCUCAUCCACAUACCAUGACUGAUGCAGGCUCUACUGAUGCAAACUGCUCUGCACAAAAGCCAGCAAAGGAUCCGUCCUUUACCUUCUCAGAAAUGGAGAAGAUGAUAAUGGACAACUACCCCCUCUGCAAGGAAAGUGGUUUGAGCCUGUGUGUGGACAAAGACCAACCAAAAGUUAAGCUUGACACGCAUGUAUUAACACAAGGGGUUAUGAAGGAAGUGGCUCAUUAUGCCAGAAAAAUGUGUGGAAUAAAAUACAAGAUCAUUAAUGAUGUCCUUCAACACAACUUUAACAUUGACAUGCAGUGUCAGGAAAUAAAUACUGUAUUAAGCAUAAACAAAGUGAUGAGACAAAAUGAUGUCUGGCUUCACUGGCUCAGUGAAGUGUUUGAUAUUCAACCUUAUCCUCGCAAACAACUUGGGAACGUGCGUCAAUUUAAGGAAACUAUCAAAAAAAGAAAGCUGGCACUGCAAACGCAGAAGAAAAUGGCAAAGAGAAAUUCUCCAAGUAUAGGAAACCGCUUUCCCAUUUCUACUGAUAUUAGUUUGAAAUCAGGAGAGGAAGAAAAACUGGACUUGAAGCAAAAUACCAUAUCUGUGUGUGACAUGGAACAAGAAGAAAUGUCACCAGAUAACGACUACACUUGUCCUCUGGGAGAGUCUGAUUUAGAGUCAGAACAUCUCACAGACUCAGAAAACGUCAAUCAAAAUCACUUCAAGAACUCCAAAAGUUGUUCUCUGAGCUCAGACAUCUCUAGAGAAUCAGAAGCAAGUUGUCAGAAUGUUUGUGCGCCUUUCAUCAUCACCACCACCAACAUCUCAUCUAGUUUACCAAUUGUAAACGCAAAUGCCAAGUCAAUGACAUGUCAACCUGAGGAAAGAGGGCUUGGUGGAUGUGAAGAGAAAACACAGACUCCCAAAAAAAUAAAGAACAAAUGUGACAUGGAACAAGAGGAAUUGGGAACAGAGAACAUGUGGAAGUUGCGUGCUAACCGUGUAAAACAAAUCCUCUCUGCUAAAGAGUUGAGUCCAUUUAGUUUUUCCAAGAAGUUUGGCCUUGAAUUCAACAUUGGAUUUCGUCCAAAGAAAAACUUCAGUGUUGACUCUUUUCUUGAUUCUAUUCUGCUUGAAAUUGCUAGAUUUGCCAUAGCAAUGAAUUCAUCGCUACAGAAUUUCAUCAUGGAGAUUCUUGAGUACAACUUUGACUUCAGCCUGGAGACUGAAUACCAGAGAAAUAGUUUCACAUGUGAAAUUAUGAAUAGAGUAAGAAAACUGAAAGAUUGUGAAGAUGCAAUCAAAUUCUCAAAAGAGGUCUUUGAACUUCAUGGUCCCAUACCAUCAGAAAAUAUGGCAUAUCAGAGUGUGGACAGUGCAAACGCUGAACCCAGCAGCAUAUGGGGAAUGGAGAAGUGUGAUGUUGCCUGUUGGUUUUCUCCUCCUUCACAGGCUGAAACUGAAGAACUUAUUUCACAGAAGUGUGUGGAUCUUCAUCCCUUCUGCAAAGAAAUUAAUCUGAAACUACAUGUAAACAAUACUCGACCAAAUAAGAAACUGGACAUCAACAAACUGACCUAUGGAGCAAUGACUGAAGUGACCCACUUUGCAGAAAAGUUGUGUGGAACAUUUGAGCAGAUUUGUGUUGACGUCCUAAAUCACAAUCUGGAUCUUGAUUUGCAAUGUGGAGAUUCUGACCUCGCAAGAAGUAUUUUGGCACGUAUUCCUUUUGUAAUUGAGAGAAAGAAUCUAUCAACAAACUAUGUAACAUGUCGCAAGAGAAUACCGGCCAUGACAAAUACUGCUGCGUUAAAGGUAAAGCUGGAUUCCCAGAACAACCCAAAUUCAGAUGCAGCCAGUGCUGGUUCCUCCCAGGCUGCAAUCAUAGACCAAGAUGUAAACAGGUCUCCUGACAUAGAACACCAAAACAAGCUCAAUGUAAAGCUGUGGCAAUUGAGGGAGAAUCAUAUUCAGCAAAUUCUCUCAAUGCCUCAUGAAGAACAUUGUCCACUUUAUUGUUACUCAAGAUGUAAGAAAUUAGGCAUUGAUUUCAAUAUAGGAUCUGGAGUAAAACAGAAUUUUGAUCUCAAAUUACUAACCAAUGGCAUCAUGGUUGAACUUCAUACUUUUGCCACAGCUCUACUCUCUGCCCAAAAGUAUUUCAUCACAGAGAUACUGGAGUACAAUUUUCAUCUUGAUUUAAACAAUGAGCUGUAUCGCAGUGCCUUUGUACAGAAAACUAUGAAACAAAUUGACACAGUGAAUAUGACAACAAAAAAACGAAUUCCUCGAAGAAAAAUGCAGUUUGAACUCCCUGACACAAAGAGCAUACCAGAUCCUACCCAUUGGAGGGUUACAUAUUGCCCUAAAUGCUAUCAAGUCAGAAAUCAUAAGCACCUUCAGGAUGGCUCCGGUAACAUGCAUCAUCCUCGUCCACAUACCAUGACUGAUGCAGGCUCCUCUGAUGCAAACUGCUCUGCACAAAAGCCAGCAAAGGAUCCGUCCUCUACCUUCUCAGCAAUGGAGAAGAUGAUAAUGGACAACUACCCCCUCUGCAAGGAAAGAGGUUUGAGCCUGUGUGUGGACAAAGACCAACCAAAAGAUAAGCUUGACACGCAUGUAUUAAUUAAAGGGGUUAUGAAGGAAGUGGCUCAUUAUGCCAGAAAAAUGUGUGGAUCAAAAUACAAGAUCAUUACUGAUGUCCUUCAACACAACUUUAACAUUGACAUGCAGUGUCACGAAAUAAUUCCUGGAUUUCCCAUACUCAAAUCUAUGAGACAAAGUGAUGUCUGGCUUCACUGGCUCAGUGAAGUGUUUGAUAUUCAACCUUAUCCUCACAAACAACUUGGGUACGUGCGUCAACUUAAGGAAACUAUCAUAAAAAGAAAGCUGGCACUGAAAACGCAGAAGAAAAUGGCAAAGAGAAAUUCUCCAAGUAUAGGAAACCGCUUUCCCAUUUCUACUGAUAUUAGUUUGAAAUCAGGAGAGGAAGAAAAACUGGACUUGAAGCAAAUUACCAUAUCCGUGUGUGACAUGGAACAAGAAGAAAUGUCACCAGAUAACGACUACACUUGUCCUCUGGGAGAGUCUGAUUUAGAGUCAGAACAUCUCACAGACUCAGAAAACGUUGGCAAUCAAAAUCACUUACAAAAUCCCAAAAGGUGUUCUCUGAGCUCAGACAUCUCUAGAGAAUCAGAAGCAAGUUGUCGGAAUGUUUGUGCGCCUUUCAUCAACAUCACCAACAUCUCAUCUAGUUUACCAAUUGUAAACGCAAAUGCCAAGUCAAUGACAUGUCAACCUGAGGAAAGAGGGCUUGGUGGAUGUGAAGAGAAAAUGCAGACUUCCAAAAAAAUUAAAAACAAAUGGGACAUGGAACAAGAUGAAAUGUCACCAGAUAACUACUACACUUGUCCUCUAGGAGAGUCUGAUUUAGACUCAGAUGAACUCGCAGACUUGGAAAACUCUGGCAAUGAAAAUAGCUUACAAAUCCCAAGACGUUCUCUGAGCUCAGACACCUCAAGUGUACCAACUGUAAACUCAUAUCUCAACCCAUGGUUUGCAAGCCAACCAGAUCAAAAGGGGCUUGGUGAAGAACAAACACAGAUUCUAAAAAAUGCACCAACUGAAUGUGACAUGGAACAAGAGGAAUUGGGAACAGAGAACAUGUGGAAGUUGCGUGCUAACCGUGUAAAACAAAUCCUCUCUGCUAAAGAGUUGAGUCCAUUUAGUUUUUCCAAGAGGAAUUGCCAUAGCAAUGAAUUCAUCCCUAGAGAAUUUCAUCAUGGAGAUUCUUGA